AUGCGCAAUGGCACCGGUGGGCGCGUGUCCCAACGACUGCAGGACACGCUGCUGCGCUAUGGGCAGGUGGGCCUGGUAGUGCACUUCUGCUUGUCGGGGAUCUCCAUCUUCUCUUGCUAUCUGGCCGUGCGGCAUCAGCUGCCCAUGGAUCGGCUGCUUGAGCUGGUCGGCAAGACUCAGGAGACCAGCGAUUCCAGUUCAGACGCCUUGAGUGCGGGGAGCAGCCUUUUCAUGGCCUUCGUGAUUCACAAGGCCAUCAUGCCAUUGCGGGUGCCCGUGACCGUGGCAGUGACUCCGCUGGCUGCUCGAGUUUGGUGGCACUUUUCCAAGCGGUGA